AUGUCUGCUGCUGCUGCUAGAACCAACAAGGAUAUCUUUACCCUCUUUGACAAGAAGGGACAAGGUACCAUUCCAAAGCCAUUGUUUGGUGACUAUUUGAGGGCCAUUGGUUAUAACCCAACUAACCAACAAACUGAACAAAUAUUGACCAACGGCGGUGCACCUGACCAAUUGUCAUUGGAUUCAAUUCACGAGUUGAUUCAACGAAACCAGCAGGAAUUGGAAGCAACCACUUCUGGCCGUGUGGAAGAUUUCAUAAAGGCAUUCCAAGUUUUUGACAAAGAAAAUACUGGUAAAGUGUCUGUUGGUGAUGUUAGAUACAUGUUGACUUCACUUGGUGAAAAACUAUCGGAUGAAGAAGUUAACGAACUGCUCAAGGGUGUGGAAAUAGAUAGCGAUGGUGGUGUGGAUUACAAAAAAUUCAUCGAAGAUAUUUUAAGACAGUGA